AUGGACGAUACGGGCAAUGAGCAAUCUCUGAUUCAUAGAUAUAAAUUAAUAACUGGCAAUGGCAACAAGACUGACAAAUCUCUUUGGGAUCUAGAACCAAAUCACACUCAUUUUCACUUCUUCGAUGAUGAAACGAAUAAUGUUGAAAAUGUAUUGUUGAAACGGCAUGAAAUCGAACAUGAUCUCAGUACCAGCAAGAUAUUGAGAUCACCCGUGGUUGGUUAUCAACCAGAAAGUAAUAUAUAUGACAACAAUAUUCCAGUUGUCAUGCUGUUACUUGGUGGCGAUUUCCUGACAUUAGCCGCUAUAUGCAAAGGCUUGAAAAAUGGGACACCAGUCGUUGUUGUUCGAGUACGUAUCCUUACAUCUAUCACCAUCUCCUAUAAAAAUUAA